AUGAAUGAUAUGCAGGAUAGGAUAAAAAGUAGGAGGUCUCGCUACUUGCCUAUUUUAGAGAAAAAUCUACAAUUAAACAGCUCUAAGUCCAUUAUAGACAGCAAGGUCAUUUAUAAUUCAGCCUAAAAGAGUAAUAUGCCCUUUGUAGACACCUAUCUUCUACUAAAUAAAAUAGAAGGACCUAAUCAAUUUAUUUAAGAGUAAGAGAGUUAGAAAUCAGGACCUGUUUAAAAAACUUGGACAGUUGAUUAUCUUAAAAUAAAAAGAAAAAAUUAAGAUUCUUAAACAAAUUCUCCGGUUAAGGAGAGAUACGACAAACUUUAUGAUAAUCAGAUGAAGAUGAACCAAUAGAAGAAAUAUGCUAGAUAUGAAAUGGAAACUAAGAUACAUACCGACCAAGUUAAUUAAAUGCAAAGAUCUGAUUAAGCCAAAAGAAUUCAGCAUUACUAGUUCACUCUAACUAAAAUAACGAUGCAUAAGUCUAUUAUGGAAAUCAGCUAGGAUAAAUCUUGCACAGACAACUUGAAUCCCGUCGGUUCAAUCACUCAUAAAAAUCCAGGCAUUUGGGGACACCAAACGCCCCGAUGUCUCAAAAUCAAUCAUAGUACUUGCCAACUUUAAACUAAAAUGGAAGACAUAGUUCAGUAGAUAAAGAACAAAAUAUUGCUUAAUAAAAUGAGAGACGAAUAAUGA